GGGACCUCAGAUCGAAGACACACAAGUCAAAUUCAUUCCAAAGCAGAGACACUGGGGAUCUUUGGCUUACUUUUGGAGAAGAUAUGCUAUAGCAUGUUCACUGUGAUUUUGGACGUAGUGCUUAAAGGGUCAGUAAAAAGCGUAUGCAGGAUAUAGACGUGUCUCCUACUCCGCUGUGGACAAGCAUGGAGACGUGACACCGCAGCCAUGCUGUGCGGUUUACGGAGAGAAGGCCGCAAUGAUGAUGGCCCUUAUUCAAAAGGGAAUAAAGACUGCGCAGCCAACGACAGCAGCAUGGUGUCAAAGAGGCGCAGCAUUCCAGAUGAGAUUCGUGGGCUGACCACAGUAGAGCUGAUAAAGAGAGAAGGCUCCAGUCUUGGCCUCACCAUCUCUGGAGGCUCGGACAAAGAUGGCAAGCCACGAGUGUCAAACCUUAGACCAGCUGGUCUGGCAGCCAGGAGCGACCAGCUGAACACGGGCGACUACAUAAAGUCCGUGAACGGCAUCAACCUGUCCAAACUGCGGCACGACGAGAUCAUCAGCAUGCUGAAGAACAUCGGAGAGAGGGUGGUGCUGGAGGUGGAGUAUGAGCUGCCUCCGCUCGCUCCCAGCAGUCCGAGCAGCGUCAUCUCCAAAACCAUCGAGGUGCGCUUGGAAAAAGAAGGCAACAGUUUUGGAUUCGUGCUCCGAGGUGGUUUUCAUGAGGACUGGCAUAAGGCUCGUCCUCUAGUAGUGACCUACGUCAGACCUGGGGGCCCAGCAGACAGGGAGGGGACUCUGCGUGCAGGUGAUCGGGUGUUGAGUGUAAACGGUGUGGCUCUAAACCGACGGAAACAUGCCGACGCUCUCACUCUGCUCAUGCAGAGCAGCCAGGAAGCUUAUUUCCUCAUCGAGUACGACAUCACGGUUAUGGAGUCAGUGCAACAGUCCUCAGGUCCUCUGCAGGUGGAGAUCAUGAAGAGCCCCGGCUCUGUGUUGGGACUGAGCCUCACCACUGCCCUCUACAGAAACAAACAUGUCGUUACAAUCCAGAAAAUCAAACCUGCCAGCGUCGCAGAGAGGUGUGGAGCUCUGCAUGUAGGUGAUAUUCUCUUGGCUAUAGACAGCAUGAGCACUGAGCACUGUUCUUUAAUGGAAGCUCAGCAGCUGCUGGCCAACUCCUCAGAGGUCACCAAACUCGAGAUCCUGCCUUCGCCACACAGCCUACAUGACACGGUGCGUAUCCAGAGGAGCAGCCAGCGCCAGUGGGAUUCUGGUGUGAACUACCUCAGUGCCGCUGCACCCACCCACAGCAAAGCCCCAUUAACCUGGAGCAACACCACUCCUACACACUCCCACUGCACUUCUGUGGCAUCAGGCAGCUCAUCUCAGACUUCAGGCUUUCAAAGUGCUAAGGGCGGUUCUGUGUACCCGAGCUCGUACCCCUGCAGCACUCUGCCCUCGUACCCCUCGAGCCCACGCAGCGGCACCAACAGGAGGAAACCCAGGAGAACAGAGCACAAGAGCUCAUUGUCUCUCUCCAGCACGGUGGGUGUUGGUGGCCAGGUGGUGCAUGUUGAGAAUAAUGAGGUGGUGCUGAGAGGAGAUCCACUCACAGGCUUCGGCCUACAGCUCCAGGGAGGAGUGUUUGCGACUGAGCCUCUUUCUGCACCCGCCUGCAUCCGGUUCAUAGAGCCAGACUCACCUGCUGAAAGGUGUGGAGUGCUGCAGGUUGGAGACCGAAUCCUCUCUAUAAAUGGAAUCUCAACUGAUGACGGAACCCUGGAGGAGUCCAAUCAACUUCUCCGAGACGCAGCUCUGUCCAACCAGGUCACUCUAGAAGUCGAGUUUGACGUCGCAGAGUCUGUAAUCCCAAGCAGCGGUACGUUCCAUGUGAAGCUGCCAAAGAGGCGUGGCGUGGAGGUGGGCAUUACUAUCAGUGCCAGCAAGAAGCCGGGCCGGCCUCUGAUCAUCUCUGAGAUAAAGAGAGGGAGUAUCGCUCACAGAACAGGUACACUGGAGCCUGGCGAUCGAUUGUUGGGCAUAGACAAUGUAAAACUCGAGAACUGUGGAAUUGAUGAGGCCAUGGUGGUCCUCCAGCAGGCGGAGGACAUGGUCAGACUGCGCAUUCAGAAAGAUGAGGACAACUUGGAUGAGCUCGAGUCCUCCGGCUCUGUGAUUUUCACUGUGGAGCUGAAGAGACACGGAGGUCCUCUGGGAAUCACCAUUUCUGGCACAGAGGAGCCCUUUAACCCGAUCCUCAUCUCCAGCCUGACCCGUAACGGUCUCGCACACAGAACCGGGGCUCUUCAUGUUGGUGACCGUGUGCUAGCUAUCAAUCAUGUGAGUCUAAAGGGGAAGCCGCUGAGCGAAGCCAUUCACCUGCUGCAGACUGCUGGAGAUGCUGUGACACUGAAGAUCAAGAAACGAACUGAGUCUGUCAUGGAGUCAGACUUGGGCAGCCCACUGAGGGCGGGAUCUUGUCUGAGUGAUGCUGAAGACGACAGCUCUGAUUCGCUCAGGCGCUGUAAACGUUCUGGUCUUCAGCACCUAGCCACGCCCCCUAGCAUGGAUUCAGCCAUGGACUCAUGGGAUGGCUCCGCCCUUGAUGCUGGCUAUGGGAGUCAAGGGGCCUACAUCCAUCAGACAUCCGACCUGAACAUCAACCCUAAUGAGUGGAGACGAACCAAUCAAAAGAGCCCACUGGCCUCCAGGAAACACACCCACUGUGCUGCAGUGCAUGAUGGGAAAUCAGGAGAAGAUGACUGGAAAUACCAUGGAUCCGUUAGCCCCAUGCGUUGCCGUGGCAACACCGACACUCAGGAGACCUAUUGGUCGCAAGCAAUGCAGGAUUUGGAGACGUGCGGCCAAUCAGAGAUCCUCAGAGAGCUGGAGGCCACCAUGAUGUCGGGCAGCACGCUGAGUUUGGGGGACGAGAGCGAGGUCUGUAACGACGGUGAAAUCAAACUUCCACCCUUGGAGCUGAAGCAGUGCUGGGACUGCAGCACAGAUACAGAGCUAAACGAUACGAGCACCACCGCCGUGCCGUUAGAGCUGCAUAAGAUCUGUGUGUUGAAGGAUGAAGACAGCAGGGAUUUUGGCUUCAGUGUGUCUGAUGGCUUGUUGGAGAAGGGUGUGUAUGUCAAUAUGAUCCGUCCGGACGGUCCUGCAGAUCGGGCGGGUUUACAGCCAUACGACCGAAUCCUUCAGGUGAGUCACGUGCGCACGCGGGACUUUGACUGCUGUUUAGCCGUGCCUCUGAUUGCCGAGUCGGGAGAUAAGCUGCAGCUUGUUAUCAGUAGGAACCCUGUCACAAAGACACCUCAGUGGUCCCCUGAAGACAGUCAGGACUCCUCUGACGCACUUCCUACUGUCUCUGUCCGCAGCUCGAAAAAGGCCUACCUCAGGCCUGAGAUGGUUCCACUGAGCGGCGGGUUACUGUAGAAGAAAGGAGUCUGUGUCUGUCUCUCUCUCUCUCUCUCUUACUCACACACACACACACACACACAAUUUAAACCACUUUCCCACAUCACUUUUUGCCACACGCAGGUUUUGUUUCCAUGGCAACACUUUUAAAAAAUAAUUUAAGUUGAUCUCCAUAUUCACUUGUACACUCUGUACUUUUUGUCUGUGUCCAGUUUAAUUUUAGAUAAUUUUCAGUUCCCUCACUGGUUUAGGUUCACACACCUGCAUGCACACACACACACACACACACACACACACACACACACUCAUGUUUAUAAAAACUAUGAUGCACAAACAAAAUGAAAGCAGGAAUAUUCACACUCACUCACCUUGAAUGUUCAGAGACCAAUUAUUAGCAGAUCACCCCCCCCACCCACACACCCACCCACCCACCACCACCAAAAAAAAUGUCCUGCCUACACUCUGAAUUAUUUUUUUUAAUGAGCAAAUGAUUUGAGAUGGAGAUUCAACGUGUGUGUAAAACCGAUUUCUGUAUAUCUUUCGAUCCUGUUUUUAGCCUGUCUGUGUUUUCUAGUGAGAAACCAAGGCUUUGAUCACGUCUGCUUAUUUUAUACCUGAGUAACAUGUGAUGAGUCUGAUCAUGUGUGAGAUCGGAUUUUAACUGUACUUCUUUUAAAAAAAAAAAAAGUGGUCAUUGUUUUAACCCACAUUCCUUUCCUGCUCUACACUAUGUGACACGUGUCUGAGUGUAAUAACCGAUAACGGAUAACGUCUAUAUGUAAAUGAGCGCUUUUAUUAUUGGAUGCAAAAGAUUCUUUCUUUU